UCCGAUGUAGCUAGCUCGCAAAUCUUCAGGCAACCAGCAGUACGCUGCUUUUGGCCGUCUCGUCAAAUCUCAUCCUGCCACGCAGGUACCAAUGAUCCAAUGGAAGGGGAAGAGACACUCGCCAGAGUUUUGCUUUCUUCUCGCUGGCUGCUUCGGUUCCUAUUCGUUGGUUCGGUUCAUCUUGCACGGUGGUGGCGAAACUGUUCUGAUGUUGACGGAGACUUAUUUCGGUGCGGUGCACGGAGCAAGCAGCUUGCUAAUAGUCAUCAAUCUAAAGGACCAGAUCGGUUCCUCCUUAGUUGCAUGUGUCGGCAACCAGGAUUGCGUGACAGGGUGGACCAGAAUUGCAUGGCAGGAGCAUUAGCUCCGUCGACCACAGCGUUUUCCCACUUUCACGUUUUGCGCGCUUCAGUUGAUAGAUUGUGGUGGUUGCAACCACGGCACCAUGCGAGCUGUGCACUGCAUUGCGAAGUCGUUCGGCGGGUUUCUCAAAGGUCAUACAUACAUUUUCCUUUCCAUCCUUUGCUCGCGGCACUCUUUCAGCAAGAAUUGGCUGCUGCGGUAGGUAGCUAACGGAGAGCCUGAGUCCAUCUGAGCUUUGAAUGCUGUGCAGGCUAGCCACCGGUACAUCCGACACUGUUCGUUCCAAGUCCUUUCCGAAGAAGGGAAGCAAGAUAGUGAAAACGCACCGUCAACAAACGUGUUGGGCGAUCGAUGCCUUAUGACCAGGUACCGGUACUAUUGCUUUGGGUACUGCUGUCACGUCAAGCCUACUAUGCCCGCUCUUUUGCUGGGGUACCGGUAGAGGGGAUAGCAUUGCUGGCUGAUGACGGGAUACGCCUCCGCCAAUCGUGUUUGGCGUUAUUGUACGGUAAUGGGAAAGGGUCAAGGACGAAUGAAUCGAGUCUUUCGCUCACCUAUCACUCACCGUAUUGGCUUGACCGGCACGAAAGCGAUGAUCUUCUGUCGUGUUUUGCGUUGAGUUGAAGGAUCCAAGAACGAUGUCCCACUUCAGCUCUUUUCGGGGGUUUACUUCAGUCAUGGACAUAUGGCAACAACAGCUUCCGCAACUACUACUGGUACCGCUCUGGACCGCUACAAGCUACAAGCUGCUGCUAGCUAGUACGAGUACUGCUCAGCGUCCCAGCCUCAUCGGAGCAGCGAAUUAUUACUAAUACUUCCUGCUUUUCUCCGACCUCCCUCGAUGGGGCAUCCUUUCCUUGACUUGGCAUCUAGCUAAUAUCGGUUGUGGGAGUUGAGAGUGACUGUCGAUGAUUGAGCCUCUGUACUCUGCAGCCUUUGAUGAGUUCUCACUGGAUCGCCACCAGUCACAGGACAGUGUCCCAGAUUUUGAAAAUGUCCAGCACUUUACUAGAUGACCAUUGAUUCUGUAAUGACCUUACAGUAGCAACAUCAACAGUGUUGUUGCAGUUGGUUGUUGGUGGUUGGUGGUCAUCGAGCAUCUCAAUGGGCACUGCUUCGCCAGUUCACUCUCAUUGAAGGUCCAUCAUUUGUACAGAGACAUCAGUGUAAACAAGACAAAAUGUAGGGGCUUAUAAAGAUCCAUGUACUGCCUUCUGGAGUGAAGGUCUUUGACAUCAAAAGGGCUAUAGUGCACUUAGGUCACUAUCCACAAUCACUAGACAACUGCGUAGAAACCCGUACCAGUUCGCUGGAAGAGGGAACAGUUCGCUUGUGCCCUCCACCAAAUGACUGCUUGAAAAAUACCUAGAAAAAAAACAAAAAAAAGGGAAGCUUCAUCGAUCAUCUCACAAUCUCAACUGCUUGCCAAAUAAAUAAACAGCAACAGCUCCUCUUCUAUCUUCAGCAACGAUAUAGAACAACCACAACAACCAAAAUGGGCCGACCAACACCCCUCACUCGCCAAGUCCCCAGUCCAACCUGGUCCAACAGUUCCUUGGGCAAGCACACGGCACACACCCUCUCCAACUCGUUGACCGAAGAAGACGCCAGUUGGAUUGUGCGACGAACCGAACUCCGCGUCUCUCAGGUGAUUGCCAAGUCCGUCUAUGUCCAAGAACACUGCCGUCUCGAUGAACUCCCACGCUUUGCUCAUGAAGAGCUGGUGGUGGGUGACAUUAUUGCCAGUGGCGGCUUUUCCAACGUUCAUCGCAUCGAGUCGUUUGGCAUUGCCACGGACUUGGACACAGACGCCACAAAGAAAUACGUCGUCAAACACUUGAACCCCAAGUUGGCCAACGAACCCAAGAAAAUGGCCGUGGGUGCCAAGGAUCUCGUCAUGGAGGCGCACUUCCUCUCGUCUUUGAAUCAUCCGCACAUUAUCCAACUCCGUGGCAUGUGCGCCGCCGGAGUCGCUGGCUAUGCCGAAACGGGACGCGCCGAAGGCUUUUUUCUCAUUUUCGAUCAACUCGAAGCCACACUGUCGCAUCGACUCUCCGAAUGGCGCAGCGUCGAAUCCGCUGCCAAAAUGAAUGCCGUCGCGCACGGCAACAAGGCAUCCUCCUUUUUCAGUCACUUGACUCGCAAGGGAGCCCCCAAGAACAUGAUUACCUUUCAAGACAGAAUACAAACGGCCCAUGACAUUGCCAGUGCCGUCACGUACCUGCACGAACGAGGCAUUCUUUACAGGGACCUCAAGCCCGGCAACGCGGGGUACAAUGCCGAUGGUGAACUCCAAAUCUUUGACUUUGGAUUGGCGGUGGAACUCCCCCACAGCGACGACCCCGAGCAGUUGUACAAUUUGGCGGGCAACACGGGAACGGCACGAUACAUGGCCGUCGAGGUCAUCAAGAACAAGCCAUACAACUUCAAGGCCGAUGUCUUUUCCUUCAUGACACUGCUGUGGGAAAUCUUGGCACUCAAAAAGCCAUUUGCCGAACUUUCCGGACAAGAAGUCAAGGAAUGGGUGGCCGAACUCGGAAACCGACCCGCCAUUGCCAAGUACUGGCCACAACCGGUACGAAAACUCAUGAAAGCCGGAUGGUCCACCGAUAUUGAAGCCAGACCUACCAUGAGACAAGUCAGAGAUACUCUGGCGUCUCUUGUUGUUGUGGAGUAG